AUGCAGUACGUGCGCAAUAUUAGCGACUCCGUGUCGACGGCAUGGAACUCUAUAAACCCUGCCACUCUCAGCGGUGCCAUCGACGUCAUCGUUGUUGAGCAUCAAGAUGGCACCCUUGCUUGCUCGCCCUUCCACGUCCGCUUCGGCAAAUUUUCCUUGCUGCGCCCAUACGAGAAAAAGGUCGAGUUCCGGGUCAAUGGCUCCAAGCAAGAAUAUUCUAUGAAGCUUGGCGAAGGCGGCGAAGCUUUCUUUGUCUUCGAAACCACAGAGAACAUUCCCGAGUCUAUGCAGACUUCCCCUCUUGUCUCUCCGGCGAGCAGCCCACCUCUCGGCCCCAACGAGUCCGUCUCCCAGCUUGGCGUUCCCGACCAAUUCGAGCUAGACGGAGACGGCGCUCACGCCCGCCGAGGCUCCGAUGGCCAGCUGGAUGAAAAUGGAUACCCCACCCCAGCGUCGUCUCCCCUCAACCUGUCGAACCCCAGACCUGCUUCCGGUGAUUGGUCUGCCGCACUUACCCGUCCUCGCAGCGAUGAUGCUUUGCGCCAUUCCGCCCGCACCGUCGAUCAAGAAAUCAGCCUGGCCGCCGAGCCAGGCUCUGAACGAUCCGAGAGCCCUGACCCAGUCAACAUCCAAGAAGCCAUCGAUCGUGCCAUGACACUGUCCCGCGGCCUCUCCGCGGUCAAUAUCCCCAGCCAAGUCACCGAGACUGGCGAUCUCAUGCUGGACAUGACUGGCUUCCGAAGCAGCGAAGAAGAGAUGCUCCGUGCCGAGAUUCAGGCCAGAAAGAUUCUGUCUGAAGAGCUGGACGGCAACUACGACAUCGGUGCGCUCUUUGGUUUCGACGAAGAAGGCAAUCUGUGGAUUUACAGCAGUGAGAGCGCUAAGAAGGCUGCCAUGAACAAGACCAUUGAGUCUUCCCUGCAAGCCCAUCGCCAUGGCGUGGCUGCUGAUGCCCUCUCGGAUCCCGGCUAUCAAAGCGAUGUCAGCGAUGUGACCAGCUCCCCUCGUGUUCCGACCCAUCGCCGCUCCGAGUCUGAUGCUGGCCCUGCCGGCCUUGCGACCCCUCCGCGCACCCCCGCCGAUGCCGGUGUUGGCAACCCUAACCGCAACUAUGCCAAGACUCUCCGCUUGACUAGUGACCAGCUCAAGAAGCUUGGUUUGAAGUCGGGUGAGAAUCCCAUGGGCUUCACCGUCAACCGCGCCACGUGCACCGCCAACAUGUACCUGUGGAAGUACGACACCCCAGUCGUCAUCUCUGAUAUUGACGGAACCAUUACAAAAUCUGAUGCCCUGGGCCAUGUCUUGAACAUGAUCGGCCGCGACUGGACGCACGCUGGCAUUGCCAAGCUUUACAGCGAUAUUGCCCUGAACGGAUUCAACAUUAUGUAUCUAACAAGUCGCUCCGUCGGACAAGCCGACACUACGAGAGCCUACCUCAACAACAUUGUCCAAGAAGGUUGCCGGAUGCCUCAUGGCCCUACUAUUCUGUCUCCGGACCGAACAAUGGCCGCUUUGCGCCGUGAGGUGUACCUCCGCAAGCCACACGUUUUCAAGAUGGCCACGCUUCGCGAUAUCGCCAACCUUUAUGGUCCCGACAGGACCCCCUUUUAUGCUGGCUUUGGUAACCGAUUGACAGAUCAAAUCUCGUACCGAACUGUAGAUGUUCCUCGAAAUCGCAUCUUCACCAUCAACUCCAACUCAGAAGUCUCCCUUGACCUUCUUAGCUUGAACAAGCUCAAGAUGACCUACGUGCACAUCAACGAGGUCGUUGAUCACUACUUUCCUUCCGUUUCCACGCUUGUCAUGGGCGGCGGGGAGGAUUAUACCGACUUCAAAUACUGGAGAGACACGCCUCUCGAGCUGGACGAAUUCUCUGCCAGUGACAGCGACGACAUUGACGACGGCGUCGAAGAGGGCAGUGAGUACACGGACGGCGAGGACGGCGAGGACGGCGAAGAUUUGGAUGAGCGCCUCGGGGACAGCUACAUCUCACAAGCCUCCGGGGACGAUCUCAACAGUCGCCUGGCCGCCUCAAUGACGCAGAGUCAGAUGGAGGAAGAGCUUGGCGGCCAAUUUUAUGCCAACGAAGAGGAUCUCCUCGACGACGAAGGUGACGACGAAGGCGACGACGACGUCGAUGAAGAAAAUAUUGUCAAGAAGAACGCGGCGAAUCUCGAAGAAGAUUACGCCGCGGAAAUUAUUACUGGGGUUGGUCAUCUCUCCAUGGAUAAGAAAGAGGGCGAGGGCAUCGCACUCGACAUCGAGAACAGCGCGCCGCAAGUACUUGAACCCGUCGAGAUUCGCUUUCUGUCCAACUAA